AUGGUCAACGAAGCAGAUAUUUUAAAGGCAAUUAGUGAUCUAGAAUCACAAAAAACGCCUCAAUAUGCCAAAACUGCCAGAAAAUAUAAUCUUGAGCAUUCGACCCUAAGGCGCCGGUAUAAAGGCCAGACCGUAUCAAACCAGAAAGCAACUUCUAUUCACCGCAAACUCCUUACAGAUGCCCAAGAAGAAGUUCUUCUUCAUCAUAUCUCGAAGCUCUCGUCUCGUGGAUUACCUCCAACGCCUCAAAUUCUCCGAAAUCUUGUUGUAGAGCUUGUACAGCAUGAUGUUAGGGAGUGCUGGAUUCAUCGAUUCUGUCACCUGACAUUUGAGCAAUCCGAAGCGAUAACACGGCUACAUGGCCAUCCUCUAUUUAUUCAACAACGUUACGAGGGAUAUUGCACAAGGACUGGUCUAUUAAUGAACAUCAAGAAAGAGGCAUAUACGCAUCUUUUACUAAGCCCUGAGUUGGCUACGAAUGAGCAAUUGCGAUAUAUUUUUGAAGAACCUGAAAUCAAUUUGUUGACGAGGCGCAUCUUUUCCACCAUUGGGGUUGCGCUUUCCGUCCGGAAUAUACACAGGUUGAUAGGCUAUAAAUUGUAUUAA